AUGGUAAAGGCAUGUUCUGGUGAAGAAAAAGAACUAAUAUCUGUUGGUUAUGGACACAAUUGUGGAGAAAGCAUUAAAUGUGGUGGACUUCUGUCAGCACCAUACGGCAAUAUUUCAAGCCCAAAUUUCCCAGGACUUUAUCCGUACGAUAUAGAUUGUACCUGGCUCAUAGUGGCAACAGAAGGAUCCUCUGUACUGCUCACUUUUCAACAUUUUGACCUGGAAUAUCAUGAUAAUUGCGAAUUUGAUUACAUCAAGAUCUUUAAUGGGGUUUCUGAAGAUCAAGGAAAUCUGCUUGGUAAAUUUUGUGGCACAAGUUUUCCUCCACCGUUUACCUCAUCCUGGAAUAUCAUGACUCUAAUAUUUCACUCAGAUAACCAUGUGGCCAGUCAAGGAUUCUCAGCAGUUUACCAAAAAGAUGUUUGUGGGGGUGUGCUCACAGGAUUGUCUGGAUCAAUCACAAGCCCUGAUUACCCAGAGAGUUAUCCCAACAAUGCUGAGUGCCACUGGGUCAUCCAGGGAACACCCAAUUCUAUCAUCAAACUGAUUUUUGUUGACUUCCAGAUGGAACAGAGCGAGCAGUGUAAUUUUGACUAUGUGGCCAUCUUUGAUGGGCCCACAAUGGAAGAUGCACUUCUCAGUUACUACUGUGGAAACACAAAACCUCCAGAGGUGGUAUCUUCUGCACAUGAACUGUUAGUUGUAUUCAAAUCAGAUUUUAACAUUGCUAACAAAGGCUUCAAGGCAUAUUUUUUUUCAGGUGCAUGUCAGGAGGUAUAUACCGCUGUCAAAGGAAAUUUCUCCAGUCCUCAAUAUCCACACUCUUACCCCAAUAAUAUCAAGUGUCGAUGGACCAUCCAGUUGCCACUAGGUUAUCGAAUCAAAGUUUUCUUCCUGGACCUGGAUCUCGAGGGACGGAACAGCCUGACAGAUGGUUGCGACUAUGACCAUUUGGCUGUGUUUGAUGGAGGUACUGAGAAGGCAUCUCUACUAGGAAAGUGGUGUGGGAGAGAAAUGCUAUCUCCAAUUAUAUCCAGUAGAAACAACUUGCUGUUGGUCCUUCACACUGACAGAAAUACAGCCAACCGAGGUUUCUCGGUAGCAUAUUUUGGAGUUGUCCCUAUGAAUGUCAGCUGCACAAGAACAGAGUUUCAGAUCCAAAUCCCCACACAGUCUUUGGCCCAGCUGGAGCGAAAUAAAAUCUACUUAGGAGUCCCCUCCUGCCCUGCACAAGUGGUUGGCUUGACCUUUCGGAUACAUGCAAGAUUUGAAACCUGUGGCAUGGAACCGCAAAAAAGAAACAACACAAGUGUGAUUGUCAGCAUUCUGUACAUUGACUUUUCCAAUGGAAACCAGAAGGAUGUUCAUCAAUAUGAAGUGCAAUGUGAGCCUAAAAGGAAAGAGGCCCUUGUGAAUCUGAUCUCUGGCUCUAAUCCCUACAGGCUGGACCAGUAUGCUGAGAAUCUGGUGGAGUCCCAGCCAAAGGAUGUAGGAGGAGGAGCUGUCUAUGAGAGCAAGGCUCAAGAUACCAGUGACUUUGUCUUCAUCAGCAUCUGUGUCCUUGCUGGGGUUCUGAUGGUGAUUGCUAUUGUUGGGUUAGUCUUAUUAUAG